CGCCCGUGGGCGGCGACGUGAGUUCCUCUCGCGCAGUCGCGAACAAUUAACGCGCGGGGCGGCGUGGUCGGUGCGGCGCGACGUGCGACGUCACUAUAAUGUGGUUAGUCAGUGAGCGUCGGGGCCGAGCCGACGGCGACGGCGACGGCACGGAGCACGAUCACCGUAGCGCGGGAGAGCCGCGCUGGUCGCUCAGCCAGCGCGCCGGCCACAGCACGGUGGAGUUCAAGAGCGCGGCGUGCGCGGGGGCCUCCGAGCCGCCCGCGCCGCCUCUCACCGCGCUGCCGGACCCGCAGCAGUUCAACAUAUUCCCGGCCUUCUUCAGCCGCCAGCUCAACUUCAGCGGCGGCGGUGGCUGCGGCCAGGGCUCCAAGAUAAUGGAGGAGCUGCGACCGAACCUGGUGGGCGGGCUGCUGGGGGUGCCGGGGCUGCUGGACGAGCACCAGCCGGACGCCAAGUUCCUGCCGGCGGGAGGCGAGAGCAAGUACACGCCGGACAAGGGGCGCAAGUGCAGCAACGCGUCCUCGUCGUCUGCGGAGGAGUUCGGCGGGCUGUACGGCGCGGAGCACGCCGCCACGCCGCCCGCGCCGCCGCUCAGCCGCUCCUUGCAGGAUAACACAGCGGAAGGUGCAUUCAAGAAAUUAAAGCCGGAGCCAGGCGGGGCGGGCGGCGCGUCAGGUGCCUCCGCGCUGUCACCAGCUCUAGGCCCCCAGCAUGCGGGACACACGCCCACCACGGCGUCCUGUCCCACGCCUGCGCGUCGCCGGCAUAGGACUACCUUCACGCAGGAACAAUUAGCAGAAUUAGAAGCGGCAUUCGCAAAAUCACAUUACCCCGACAUUUACUGUAGAGAAGAGCUGGCGCGGACCACCAAACUCAACGAGGCGAGGAUACAGGUGUGGUUUCAAAACCGGCGCGCAAAAUAUCGCAAGCAAGAGAAGCAGCUACAGAAAGCGUUGGCACCGGCCGUGCUUCCUGGCUGCAACGGCAUGAUGAGGAACAUCCAAGGGUACAGGGGCUACCAGCCGUACCCGCACCCGAACACCAUCAAUAGAUACCCGCAGCACCACGGCAGCUACGAGGAGCUGCAGAAGGACAUAUUCUCGCUGUCACAGAUGGGCGGUGGCUCGUACCCCAUGCCGCAAGGCUUCUCCAUGGGGCACGGCGCCAAUAUGAGCGCCGUCGGCAUGCGACAGGAUACUAUGGGUAUGAGCGCCGAAGACGAAUGGUACAACAAAUCGCUGUCUGCUCUACGGAUGAACAGCGGCCACCACGCGAACCUAGCUGCCGCGCCGAUGCUCCAAUACCAGACCUAAUCGUUGCUGCACGGCGCCGAUUACUCGCCGGCGCCGGCGCACGACUACGCGCCGCCGUAGUCAGCGCGACAUGGAUCGCGAACUGCGGAAACGUUCGUACCUACGUGGUUUGUCUCCAAAUGUACAUUCAUUCUGUAGCUGUUUCAUUGCCUACUUAUGUUCUCAGUAGCUGUUUGGUGGUGUUUACAUUCGUACCAGCGAGUAUGUACGAAUGUAAGGUUUGAAGGAAAUGAAGUGGUGAAAUUGUUAAUAUAUGAUUCAUCUGUCAUGUAACACAUCGGUAGUUUUUUCCCAGUUUAAAGCAGUUUAUUGUUGUUUGUAAAUAUUAAAAUUAACAUAAAACUAUUCGUCC